CUUCCCUAACACAUAUGCUCCUGGACUUUUCAACAGCUAUGCAACUGCACGACUUCAGCGACUUACAGACUUUUCCAAGCAGGUUGAGGACUAUGUGCAUCUGUCUGUCUGAAGUCAUCUUCAUGGAAGGGUUUAUGAGGAAGAUUUAUAAUUUCAUCAAUGGACUUGAAGUUUUGCAUCUCAUAGGUACAUACGAAAAAGUAACUGAGGAGGAAGAAGAAAUUUAUGAAGUCAUCAACAUUCACAAACUCAAAAGUGCUGUUCCCAAUCUCCGAGUUGUCAACCUGUAUGGCAUCAUCUUCGUCGAUGACAGUCACGUGGAAGCUCUGAGCAGCAACUGCAUUCAACUAGAAUGUUUAGCAAUAAACUUUUGCAACAAAUUCACUGGAAGCACCUUAAAGCUGCUACUACAAAGAUGCAAGAAACUUAAGUGCCUGCUUAUGCAGCAGACAUGUAAGCUUCUGAUAUAA